GUCAGAUCGUCAGACGUGAGAUAAGUGAUCUGGGCGUGUUAGUGAUGAGCUUCCUGGAGGGAGAUCCGGCGGGAGCGGGGAGCGAAGGAGGCAGGAAGGGGGAGCCUCUGUGCCACUCUACCAGAAGCCUCCUCCAUCGUCCCUCAUCCAGCUCCUCGAAAACUAUCUUCAACCAGACUGGACCACAACACGACGCCCCGCUCAGAACUCCACGCAGGCUGAGCUUCAGUGGGAUCUUCAGGUCGGCCUCCAGGGACUUGAACCAUCAACCCUUGCCCCCCGUCACCAUCAAACUGUUCACACGAAACAAGAGAGACAAGGCUAGAGUUUCUGUGGAUUUAUAAAAAAGUGAUUUCAUGGGGAUGAAGCGUCUGAGCGGCCUGAUGCUGAGGAAAUGGAAGGAGAGGGAGCGAUGGAUUGGAAGGAGGAGGAGUGAACCCUGCGGAGCAGAAGAGAAGGACAAGGAGGAGAGGCAGACAGACAGGACAGACAGACUCAUGCUGAGGAGGAAGUCUGAACCCUGCGGACAGACAGAGGACUUUCAAAAGAUGGAAGAGAAGACGAGCGAGAGGAUGCGGAAGAAAGAAAGAAGGAAGUCUGAAUCCAACAUGGACGAGGAGGACAGGAAAGACAGGAAGAAGACAGAGAUGGGCAGAGGGAAAGGAAGGAGGAAGUCUGCUUCAUGGAUCAUGGCGGAGGACAGAGAAGGAGGACAGAUGGACAGAAGGCAGAAGGAGGCAGAUAGAGGGACGCUGAGACGGCGGUCAGAACCCUGCAGCAUUCUGUACAUCCAACUUCUUCCUCUGUCUGGCAGGAAGAGGAGGGAGCUGCUGCAGAGACGCACGGGACGAAGGACGUCCUCCAGCG